GGGAGCAGAGCCCUGGACGCUUGCCAUGGAGGGGUCUAACGAGCCGGCCCUGGAUGCUAAGGCCAAGGUCACCAACCAGCUUGUAGAUUUUCAGUGGAAACUGGGUAUGGCUGUGAGCUCAGACAGUUGCAGAUCACUUAAGUAUCCUUAUGUUGCAGUGAUGCUAAAAGUGGCAGAUCAUUCAGGCCAAGUAAAGACCAAGUCUUUUGAAAUGACAAUUCCACAGUUUCAGAAUUUCUACAGACAGUUCAAGGAAAUUGCUGCAAUUAUUGAAACUGUGUGAAAACUGAUUACUUGGUUGGUAAAUUGCUACCGUCGUUCUAAAAUCAUGGACUUCACGUUCUGCACUAUAACUGUAUGAGGAUCAGAUGACUUUUUUAUUGAAAGAAAAUUGUACUUUUGUUUUUCCAUUUUUUUAAUAAUAAAAAAAUUAGACAAACAGGAA